GUGAUAACAAUUUCAGAUUUUGCAUUCAGGAAUGAAACAAUGUUUCACAUGCCAGUGUUGUCCAUGCCACGCUGAUGUCUACUGUCAAAAUGUGGUUGCUAAUUUUCAUUGCUACGUUGAUCAUUGGCUACUCAAGCGCCGACGAUUUGAAUGAAGCAUGCGUUAAUACACUCACGGGUGGACAACCAAAAGUUAAAGUUAUCAACGUUCGUCAACCAGGAAUUUUAUACAGUCCAGGAUUUGAAAAGAAUUCUAACUACCCAAAUAAUGUUCAAUGUGCAUACCAACUUCAAGCACCACAAGGAAUGCACGUGCGAAUUCAUUUUAAUGCCCUCGAUGUAGACAUCACAGAUGGCUGCGGGGGUGAUUCCGUGAGUGUCCAUGAUUUUGAGUCAAAUGGAGCUGGUGUUUUGGUGAAGAUGCACUGUGGAAACAGUUUGCCAAACGACUACGUAUCCAAUUCACACGCGUUUCAAGUCAUAUUGAAAACUGAUGAGUUUGGUGCUAAAAGAGGAUUCAAUAUCACUUAUUCUAUGCAGGCGAACACCAAUAUAUGCGAAAAGGGAAAGAAACAAUGCAGAAACAGAAACUGUGUGGAUUAUUUAUCUUUGUGCGACGGCAAGGAUGACUGCGGAGAUGGAACAGAUGAAGAAAGAUGUAGCAAACCCAUAGUUUACGGAACGUGUGGCAAACCAGAAAUAGAACCAGAAGAUGCUCCAGAUUUUGACAGAAUUGUCGGUGGUCGUGAGGCUGUGCCUGGAAGUUGGCCCUACAUGGCUGAGUUGCAGAUGGAUUUAAUUGAACCAAAUGGUCACGUUUGCGGUGGUACUCUGAUCAAUAGCCAGUGGGUGCUUGCAGCCGCUCAUUGUUUUAGUGAUCCACCAUUCAUGAGAGGUCCAAGCCAAUGGCGAAUUCAUCUGGGAAAACACAGAAAAUAUUUUAAAGACGAGUACGAACAAGUUCGACGCGCAGAGCGCAUCAUCAUUCACGACAAUAUCCCUCCAUCCAUAUUCGAAAGAGAUGGUCAGUUUGACAUUACCCAUGAUAUAGCUUUAAUAAAAUUGAAUGCUCCUGUUAAAUUCACAAAGUACGUGCAGCCAGCUUGUCUUCCAGAACUGUAUACAAAACUUGAUAUUACAAGCAACUGCUUUGGAGUUGGUUGGGGAGCAACUAGAGGUACUGGUGGAAGUGAUGUACUGAAACAAGCUUAUCAUCCAGUACAGAAUGACAUUGUGUGCAAGAGACUCGUAGGUGAUAGUUUCAUUCCCCAAACAAUGAUAUGCGCUGGAAGCAUGGCACCAGGAAACGGUGUUUGUCAUGGAGACAGUGGCGGUCCAUUAAUGUGUGAAAUAGACAAUGAAUGGACAGUUGUAGGGGUAGCUAGCUACGUGACAGACACAAAUAUGGAACAUGGACUAUGUGGUCUGAAAGGUAGACCCAGCGUCUUCAAUAAAGUUGCUCCCAAAGUAGCAUAUAUAAACAGAAUGAUUAACCGCUAUAGUUAAUACAGAAAUGUUAUAACAAUUGAAAAUUUCUGAGAUGCUUAAGAAAUUAAAUAAAUUUUGACGCAA